CCGGGAGGAUGCAGAAGCCGCUGCCAGAAAUGAGGAUGGAGGCCGGGGAGGCUGCGCCGCCGGCGGGGGCGGGCGGCCGCGCCGCGGGCGGCUGGAGCAAGUGGGUGCGGCUCAACGUGGGGGGCACCGUGUUCCUGACCACCCGGCAGACGCUGUGCCGGGAGCAGAAGUCCUUCCUCAGCCGCCUGUGCCAGGGGGAAGAGCUGCAGUCGGACCGGGUGAGACCGGGGGCCUACCUCAUUGACCGUGACCCCACCUACUUCGGGCCCAUCCUGAACUUCCUCCGCCAUGGCAAGCUGGUGCUGGACAAGGACAUGGCCGAGGAGGGGGUCCUGGAGGAAGCCGAGUUCUACAACAUCGGCCCGCUCAUUCGCAUCAUCAAGGACCGGAUGGAGGAGAAGGACUACCCUGUCACACAGGUCCCGCCCAAGCACGUGUACCGCGUGCUGCAGUGCCAGGAGGAGGAGCUCACGCAGAUGGUCUCCACCAUGUCCGACGGCUGGCGCUUUGAGCAGGUGGGCUGGGGGCGGGGGCAUGCCCAAGGCCUCCCAGUCUCCGGGCAGAAGUAG